AUGACCCAAGACUUUACGCUGCUAGGACUGGCGGUAGCUAAGGGCGAUGACCAUCGAUGGCGUCCAAAAACCCGUAACUACGAUUUUGGCCAUGUUCAACCGAGCUGGAUGAGUGAUAAACGUUGGAUUGUCCAUCCAUACUGGAGAUACUGUCUCUUGAACGAUACUGACACCAACAUCACAAAAGAAGAAGCAUUCUUCAUCUAUGCUAAUCAAAUGCGACAUAGCGGAAAACUACCGGCUCUUUGUCGUCCUCGUGAGCACCUGGUGAGGAAACUCCUCAUAGAUUUGGAAGCUACAAGCGCUCUUCAAGACAGCUGGGAUCUUCAAUGGCAAUUUCUUAAGGAUAACCUUAUUCAUCUCGUCUUCUUCACUGCUCCAUCGGGCUUGAUACGAUACUACAAUCAAACGUUGGAAGACUAUGAUUAUGAGGAUCCUAACUGGAGCAUUUUCGAUCAUAUAGGUGCUAUGAUGAGUAUAGACCACGUGCAAGAGUGA